GCAGCUCUUUUUGUUUUGCUCAUUUCGUUUUGUUCGCUAUUUUUGAGUUGGUAUGGCAGCUCUUUUCACAUUUUGUUGUGGCGGACUCUGGCAAGAAAGUUGAAAAGAAAAUUAAACUGUUUUGAAAUGUCGCUUAAACGUAAAUUUAGUGCUUUAUGGAAUCACUUCGAUGCCAUAGAUGACAAAAAGGCAAAGUGCAAGUACUGCAAGCACGUAAAAGUGAGCAAUUAGACAAACAGUUAGUGCGAAUGAUUUCCAAAGGCCAUCAUGCUCUCCGGAUCGUGGAGGAGCCGGAUUUUAAGAAGCUGAUAGAGGACGUUUCAAAUUGCCCUGGAUAUAAGUUGCACACACGUAAAACGCUGUCUAAUGUGCUACUUCCAAAUAUACACAGUGAGUUAAUUGCCAAUGUGAAAGAGAAGAUAGCAUCUGCAUCUGGAGUUUGUCUCAUGUCUGAUGGAUGGACAUCGCUCACCAAUGAGAGUUACAUAGCUGUAACCGCACACUUCAUAGACAAGACGAAUAUGGAACUAUCUUCGCAUAUGCUAGCUUGUGAAGCGUUCGGUGAGAGGCACACAAGCCUCAAUCUUUGCUCUUUUCUUCAGAGUGUUGCAGCUGAUUGGAAAAUUGAAGAUAAAAUUACUGCAAUUGCAUCAGACAAUGCUGCCAAUAUCGUAUCAGCGAUAAAAUUGGGAAAUUGGCGCCAUAUUCCAUGCUUUGCCCACACUUUGAACAUCAUUGUACAGAAAGCACUGGGACCAAUUGACAGUGUAAGGGUCAAAGCAAAGGCAAUUGUAGAAUUUUUCAAUCGCAGCUCAUCCGGAUUCAAGAAGCUCAAAGAAAUUAAUAGCCAAUUAAAUCUUCCCGACCUUAAGCUGACACAAGAUGUGCCUACACGUUGGAACUCAACAUACAAAAUGUUUCAGCGCUUGUCUAUUUUAAAAGAUGGAGUUAUGGUGGUCAUUUCCCUUCUACGCCCUGAACUAGUACUGACCCAGGCAGAAUGGGAAAUUAUUGAUGGUGUAUUGCCAGUGCUGAAGCCAUUUUCUGAAAUAACAACUGAAAUUUCAGCAGAGAAAAAUGUCACCUUAUCAAAGGUUAUUAUAAUGGCCACAUUGCUGCAUCAAUCCAUAGCCAAAGCUAUUCCAAAAGAUGAUUUUCUACGGGCAGUCGUAGAAAAACUCAAAGAGCAGUUGACCGUACGUUUUGGGGAUUUGGAAAAUAAUAUUUUGUAUGCAGAGAGCACCAUACUAGACCCAAGAUUUAAAAAACGGGGUUUUAGGUCCGAUGAAUGCUAUGAAAAAACAGUUGCAGCUCUACAAUGUAAGAUCGCUCAAGCGGGAUUGGUUGAUAAUGUUGCUGAUGAUCUGUCUUCACAAAUCGAAAGCGGAAGAGAACAUCAAUAGAAAGCAGGACCCUUUGAUCUGGUGGACGCAGCGAAAAAAUGUAUAUCCACGACUAUACGAAUAUGCGUUGAAACGUCUUUGUUUGGUGGCCACGUCGGUGCCAUGUGAGCGCCUAUUUUCUGCAGCAGGAGAAAUAGUCCGCAAAAGACGAACGCUUUUGACCCCCAAUAAGGUUGAAAGCCUUAUGUUUUUACAUAAUAAUAUGUGAAAUACUUAAAAAUGCCCCGACUUCUAAAACAUAAAAAAUGGAAAACGAGAUACUUAAUUGAAACUGUUGGUUGUGUCCUAACGAUAUCAAGUACUAAGUACGAAUUAAAAUAAAUUUAAGAAGUUAAAACGUCAAUGAAUUGUAGUGCAUUAUUUACAUAUAAGCUUAAAACUAGAUAUGAGACUUUAAAAUUGAACUAAGAACAAAAAGACCGAUAAACAAAACAGGCCAAAGAACAAAAAAGAACGAACUAAAGGGACAAUGAA